UCUGCUGUCUACUCGUCCACACACAGUCCGUAGUGUGUCACACAACGAGGAAAUGGCGAAAAGCAAAGACGAUUACAAAGUCAACGGAUCUGAGUGCGAGUCAGUUCCAUUUAAUGAAAGUACUAAUGAGGAUGGAAAAGAAAAAUGCCAGACGAAGGCCCCUAUCACAGAAUAUCGAUCAUUUCUACAUGAGAUUCUUAAUAACGAUGCCACUAGAUUCAAGACCUUGCUGAGUGUAUGCGCCGCUUCAGGUUUCUGCAUACUGGGAUGGACAAAAGGCCAGUUCGGACCUGCAUUCUUAGAUAUUCUGCUCAUCGGUGGCACAAGCCUUGAAGAAGGAUCUAUGUUCAUGACGUCAUAUUUUAUAGGAAGGGUGCUGGGUUCUAUUCUUGGAGGAGCUAUUUAUUCCAGACUUAACAGAUACCUUAUUCUUGUAGUCGCCAUGACCACUAAUAGUGUCAUGUUUGCCGUCAUACCAUGGUGUACAGUAUAUGAACUCAUGAUUGCUGCGCAUGUUCUACAUGGUAUUUCCGGUGGAGUGAUGUCUGUUUCUUUAAUAUCGAUAGCAGCGUCAAUCUGGGGAACUUCGGCGAGGGGUAGGGUGUAUAUGAACAUCUUCUACGCUGCUUUUGCUAUCUCUGGAUUCCUCUCGCCGAUUGUGACGUCACCGUUCUUGAUUCCAACAACGACAGAUGUCACUAGAUACAAUACAUCUUGGAAUAUAUCUAACAAUAUAGUCGAUGAAGUCAAUGGAAACGGCUCAAACAUCCAAUCUGUUCCGCAGUUAAAUGCAUUACAUACAGAAUCACCCAAAUCCAGACUUUAUAUAGGUUUUUCAAUUUCAGCUGGAUUUGCAUUCUUGGUCACAAUUCCAUUUGUUGUGAUAUUAUUCAAAUCGCCACAACAAUCAGAAAAUAAAGUCAGGAUCGACGAGUUACAUUUCAUUGGCGAUCUUCCAAUAUUUAUAAAAAUACUUCAAUUUGUAAAUGUUGGAAUAUUUUCAGCUGUGUUCGUUGCAAUGGAUUUUUCAUUUAGCGGCUUUCUGACAGUGUUUUGUGUUCAACAUUUGCAAUGGACAAAGACAGCCGGUUCCAUGUUAACAUCCGUGGCAUUUUUUGCUUUGCUUUUCGGUAGGAUCUUUGGAGCGGUACUGACAAACUUCCUCAAACCAGUCCCUAUGCUAUUGCUUUCCAUCAUAUCGUGUACCGUAGGAUUUGUUGGACUUUCAGUUAGCGCCAUUUUUCUGGCUGAUGUAGGAAUAUGGAUAUCUGUAUGUGUUAUAGGAACACCUUUGGGUGUUGUUUGGCCAAGUUUUCUGAGUUGGAUCAACGAUAAUUUAAUUCCACUUCGAGGUAAAGUGACUGCAUACCUAAUGAUAACUGCCUUUGUUGGGGCGCUCCUGAGUCCGAUGUUGUUCGGAUAUAUGAUGGAAGAGGUAUCGCCAAUAUGGUUCUGUUUUUUAAGCUUAGGGAAGGCUAUAGUUACUAUCAUCAACGUGACAUUGUUUUCUCUGUAUACGAGGUUCUUGCACAAAUGAAAUAAAAAGUAGAACAGUAAACAUGUAGACAGAUGAACAUUUUAAAAGAAAAAUAGGCAAACAUGAGACAGAGAGGUACUUUAAAUGGGUAAAACAAAUGCCCUCAUACAUCUUUAGAAGUAUUUAAUCAAGUUACGACAUCACUGCGAAACAUCUAUUCGAACCAUUACCUGUCAGAAUAAAGCUCAUGCGCCAAUUGUAUGAGGAUUGCUUCGAUGAUUAUUUAACCAUCGUAGCUUAUUUUUGUUAUUACUGACUAUAACUACAUGCAGUAUAACAAAGCUGCCUGUGUCUGUUGAUAAAUGGAUUGAUAGGUUUCUGAUUUACAAUUUAUUUUCCUUGGGGUAGAUAUAUGUAAUG